UAGAUAAAAAGUGGACUCACCAAACCAAACACACCCCUAUAUUUUUAUUUUUUAUUUUUCAAAAUAUCAAAAAAAAAAAUAAAAAAAGUUUCUUGUUUGCUGAUAAAUCACCUUGACUGUCUUUCAAUGGCAGAAGUACAACACUCAAAUCUUUGUUAGAUUUUAUCAAGAUUCUUCUUCACUCUCAGCCAAUGAAUAAAGGGACUCGAAAAUGGAAAAAACAUGUGAAUUUUGUGGAGCGCCAGGGCCAGUUGUAUACUGCCAAGCAGAUGCAGCACUACUCUGCCUCUCCUGUGAUGCUAAGGUGCAUUCAGCUAAUGCACUCUUUGGUCGUCACUCAAGGAGUCUUCUGUGUGAUUCUUGCAAGGAAAAUCCGGCCAGCGUUCGAUGCUUAGACCAUCUGAUGCUGUUAUGUCAGGAUUGUGAUUCAUUCCUGCACAAGUGUUUCGCUCACCAUAAGAAGCUGAUGAUUGGCAGUUUUACUGGAUGUCCUUCAGUGAAGCAGUUUGCAGAAUUAUGGGGCUUUGAUGUCAAUGAUCUCCAUCAGUUUUCGACUGUAGAGUCUGCGACUUCUACUGCUAGUUUAGAUACUGAACGAGGUUCUUGCAGCCAGCAACAUAAGAAACUCAGCAAUCAUCAACGCGAGCAAAACAAUGGUUUAAUCCUGCAUCAGCUUCUCGAGUUGAAAAAUCUACAGCUUACUGAAGGAGAUAAUCAGAAAAAAUCACUGCGUCAUACUGGAGAGUAUGUCACAUCCUCCUCCAUCAACAGUAAUUCAGGAACAAUAUUGCUCAAUGAAAGACUCAAACAACAGUCCAAGGAGUUCAAUAAAAUCACUAAUGAACUUCAGAGCUUAGACAAAUCAAAUCAAGUGCUAAAUGGAGAACAUUUUCCUUCGCCUAUUUCUCAGCUAGAUAUAUCUUCAUCUGUAGCAGACCCCUUUUGGCAGCACAAUAAAAGUCCGGUAGACAACGAUCAGUUUUGGUCGCAAAAUUUGCAAGAUCUUGGAAUAUGUCAAGAAUUCGGAUCCAUUGAUGACUUCAACAUGCCAGACGUUGAUGUAACAUUCCGCAACUUUGAAGACUUACUCACAGGUGAUCCUGACCUAACCCGAGCUUUAAUUGAAGACGAUGAUCCUAUGAGUUCAGAUACUGAGAAGGCAUCGAUGAAUAAGUUAGACAAUAGUCUUAUUGAAACAACACAGGAAACGGCUGCUACAUUAGAGUCCAUCAAUAAGCAUGUUACUUUCAUGAAAGAAGCAAAUCCAUCGGACCAUGUUAUUCGCGGGCUAUCCAGAAGUGUGGGGAAUUCACCACAUCCUUUUAAAUACUCACGGUCAGCUACAUUUACUUGUUCACGGCUCUGUGCUGAAAGCUGUCGCAGUGACUUUCUAAACUCCGAAAGUUCAGGGAAUUUCAGAAGAAGUGAAUCAUCAAACAAUGUGGAAGAGUUACAUGAUUUAGAAAUAAUGGAAGGUUUGGAAAGUUCAAUCAGAAUAUCAAAAGACAAAAAGAAGACUCAAAUGCAUGGUAAAAAAACUCAACUUGCACCACGUAAGGCUAGAACCGAUUUGCAUAAGAAGAACAAAAGCCGGUAUGCUAAGUUACAAGGCUAUGAUUCCGAUCAGUAACUGUAACAAAGAGCUGCUGAACUGAACUGAACUCGUCGACUUCCCUUGUUUUGAUCUUUCCAUGUUUAUUUACAAGCCUGUACACUUACAAGUUUCAACUUAUUCUUUUAGCAUUGUCAUAAGCCGAAGCCAGAUUUGUUAACAUUCGAGCUCCAGCAUUUUCUUCAUUUAUUUCUGGUAAUCAAUUGCAAAUUUAUACCAAA